GUUUUUUUUUUUUUCUCCCCCUCCCUUUGACUCUUCCCCACUCAGUUCUCCCUGUAUUUAAGAGAAAGAGGUACAGGUAAUGGACCCUCCUUUAGCUCUGAGUCCCUUCGCACUGGAUUAUCCUCUUUCUCCCCUUCCUUUCACAGUCAAGCUUCUUCAGUGGGUAGUUGAUGUUAGCACUUUGAGGUUUUGUAUUAGAAUAUAUGCUUCCAUUGAGCAGGGAAUAUUUUCUGGCUUUCCUUGUAAAUUAGUGCCUAUUUUAAUGUUUUGUGGGUGAUCAAUAGGCAAUUAAUAAAUGUAUAUUAAAAUGAACUGGUAAUGGAAAAAUUGUUCUGAUCUCUGUCUGGCUAUUGAUUUUUAACAUGAAGUAUGAAUAUUAUAAGCAUAUGUGGUCUGCAACGCCCUCCAGGGGUCUUUUUUAGUUCUUUUCUAACUAUCAAGGUUUCAAAAGUGACUUCUGUUUUUGCUAAAACUACGCUUCUAAAUCUGAUCCUUGCAGGUGAAGGAGUACCUCCUGGAAAUUAUGGGAACUAUGGCUAUGCUAAUAGUGGAUACAGUGCCUGUGAAGAAGAAAAUGAGAGACUCACUGAAAGUCUGAGAAGCAAAGUAACUGCUAUAAAAUCUCUUUCCAUAGAAAUAGGCCAUGAAGUUAAAAAUCAAAAUAAAUUAUUAGCCGAAAUGGAUUCACAGUUUGAUUCUACAACUGGAUUUCUAGGUAAAACUAUGGGGAAACUGAAGAUUUUAUCCAGAGGGAGCCAAACUAAGCUGCUGUGCUAUAUGAUGCUGUUUUCAUUCUUUGUCUUUUUUGUCAUUUAUUGGAUUAUUAAACUCAGGUGAUAUAAGUAAAUGUGAGUUUGGAAUUUGUUCCAACUUAAUGGCUUAAUAGAGUACUGCUUUGAUAAAAAUCAGCAUCAAGACAUUUCGAAUUUUCAAAUAUUAUAACUUUUUCCUUUGACGAUUACUUAAUUCAGGGUUCCUUCACUUGUUUUAUAAAUCACAUUAGAUAAUGUAUUGCUCUUCGAAAACCGUUUCUUAAUGACUCAUUUUUGCCCCUAUUUUCAGGGGUAUUGAGAUGGCUUGCAGUUAGUUGGACCCUAGUAGUUUUUCUCUGUUGUUUGUCUAACCGUCACAUUAAAUAGCAGUGUAAUAUUCUGUUGUUACCAUAAAUGUAGGCUUGAGUUCCACGUAAAGAAAUUGAGUGGGCCAGUAACAGAAUGUCUGGAGAGCCUGAUGCUGAGCUCUGACGAUGGUGAACAGAUUGGUGAUAGCAUGGUCAAUAUAUUUUCCUGAAGUGCCACCAGCUGUGAUGAUGUAUGCCCUUUCCUCCUUUAUUUAGUUAAAAUUGUAGGUAGAUGUCUUCUUACCUACAAUCCUCAUAAUAAUUUUUGGUGAUGUAUCCCUUCUUCCCUUAUUGCCCAGGGACCUCAUUCUUUAAUAAAGCUUGUUAUUGUGGCAUAUUUCUAGUAAGGCUCAAUACAAAUGUGUGCCAGUAUAGUUACUGUUUUAUAUUAACUUUAUAAAUUCCAGUGACUUAAUUUAUAAUAGUUUUAUGACUUUGGCUAUUAGGUGGGAUAUUUGGUUAUUAUUUGUGACAAAAUAAUGUGAAGCGAAGUAAUUGCUAAACUCUGAAUGGAAAUAAAGUAUUCAAAAUAAUUAAUUGUCUCUGCUUUAUUAUGUGCUCAAAAUAUGUAGUGAAAAUACCCAGACACUGAUCUUGGAGUUAAGAGCAUUGUUGCUUUAAGCCACUAUAUUCGUUUAUGGAAAGCAAAUUGUGGAGUAAAAAGAAAUAUUAAAAUGUUGCUAGAUACUCUGUAUUGCUACUAUUUUGGAAGUUACCCGUUUAUAAGCUCCAAAAAUAAAAUUUUUAAUGAAAUAUA